UAAUAUCACGAGCAGCAGCCGACACUAUUUUACUUGAGCCAUUCUAAUUAGGCACGUUUGAACUAAAUUAGGAAUGCAAUGUGGCUUGCCAUGAAGCCAUUCUUGCAUUUCCUUGUUUUUCUUUUUGUCGGAUUCAAGUCUGCUGAUCCACAAUCGAUCGUCGAAAACCUCCCCGGCUACGACGGAACUCUGCCUUUCAAACUCGAAACAGGAUAUAUUGGGGUUGGAGAGAAUGAUGAAGUCCAGCUCUUUUACUACUUCGUCGAGUCCGAAAACGAUCCAGCUAGAGACCCUUUGCUCAUCUGGCUCAGCGGUGGCCCCGGUUGCUCUGCCCUUACCGGCUUCUUUUACGAAACUGGUCCACUGGGCUUUGAUUUUGAGAAGUUUGAUGGAAGCUUACCUUCUCUUGUAUUGAACCCAUAUUCAUGGACUAAGGUUGCCAACAUUAUAUUCCUAGAUUACCCUGUUGGAGCUGGAUUCUCAUAUUCCAAGUCUACAAGAGGCUACUCUUCAUCUGACACUAGUUCAACCCAACAUAAUUACACAUUUCUACGCAAGUGGUUGUUAGCUCAUCCCGAGUUUAUCAUGAAUCGUCUCUAUGUUAGUGGUGACUCCUAUGGUGGCAAGAUUGUUCCCAUGCUCGCUCUAGAAAUAGCAAAAGGCAAUGAAGCUGGACUUGAGCCAAUAAUUUCUCUCAAAGGCUACACUGUCGGAAAUCCGGUGACUAAUGAAGAUGAGGAUAUUAAUGAAAGGAUACCUUAUGCUCACAGACUGGCACUCAUUUCAGACAAACAAUUUGAGCGAGCAAGAAUCAGCUGCAAAGGAGAGUAUGUAAAUCCAGACCCAAAUAAUGUCGAAUGUUUAUUUGCUCUUUAUAUUAUUAAUCAGUGCACCAAGUUUGUCAAUCAUUAUCAAAUUCUGAACUUAAUUUGCAAAGAAAUCCAAACACUGCCAGAAGGUGGUUCUAGAAUAUUCCUACCGUCUCUAGUAGAUGAUCCAAUCGGCUUCCUCUCCCUCUCCAGCCAAAAUGAACCACCAUGCCAUGAACACACAUAUCUGGCCUCCAACGUGUGGGCUAACGACGAAACUGUGAGAGAAGCUCUGCACAUCAGAGAGGGGACGGUACCUGACUGGACGAGAUGUAACAAGAGCUUGAGCUACGAAUAUGACAUAAAAAGUGUUGUCGAGUAUCAUCAAAAUCUGAGUGAUAGAGGCUUCCAAGCCUUGGUGUAUAGCGGUGAUCAUGACAUAAGUGUACCUUAUAUUGCCACGUUGAAAUGGAUACGAAAACUGAAUGUGUCCAUGUAUGAUGAAUGGAGGGCGUGGACCGUCGAUGGUCAAGUUGCAGGAUACACUGAGCUAUACAAGAGUAAGAUCAAGGAAGCGUACCUCAUGUUUGCUACAGUCAAGGGAGGAGGGCAUACAGCACCAGAAUACAAGCCUAGGGAGUGUUUGGAAAUGAUGAGAAGAUGGUUAUCUCUCUUCCCACUCUAAAAUCUCUCUCAUCUUCAUUUCUAUAAUAAUUUUCCAUUCUUGCUUGGAUUGAAGCACUUGGAAUUCCUUAUUCCUGUUUCUGUAUGUUUACUAGUAUUUCGUUAGUCGAAUCAUUCCCCUUUCAUUUCAAAAAACAACACAUUGUACAAUUAUUUAGUUCAAUGUUGCAAGGGCAUGACAUCGAUCCAACGAUCAUCAUCGAAACAAAAAAUAAUUAACAAAUGUUUAUGGAUCUCACGGUUAACAUUUA